UGUACCUACAAGAGAAACUGCCUCAGAAGGAAACGAAAUAACAACGCCAAUAGACACAGAAACGGUGACUGAUAUUAUUGAUAUCUUUACAGACAUGUUAAGUGAUACGACAGAUACAUUACACGGUGAUACUAGCAGAACGAAACUUGGCACGGAUGAACAGAAAAUCGAAACCACGGAAGAGAUUCCAAGCACGGUAGGAAUCGAGAUUACCAAACCAGUAUCUGAUUUAGGCACGAAAGUAGUGUCUACAGAGUAUUCAUCUGAGCUCAAACCCGAUUCCUCUCCAGCAGCUACCCUCAUAAGCUCUAUCAGCAAAUACGUGUCCGAGAUAAUGUUAGAAAAGACAGAACAGACAGAACAGAUAACUUUCCUCGGAACAGAUAUAAUUACAGACACAUAUGGAACAAGAGAGCCAAUAUUACCAGUAGAAGGCAAUGCAUCAUUUACUACAGAACGGACAACUUCCAUCGGAACCGAUUUAAAAACAGACACAUAUGAUGAAGCAACAGAGGCAAUGGUAACAGAUAAAGUGACGGACACAACAAAACAAACAACUUUUGUCGGAACAGAUCUAAUUACUGACACAUAUGAAUCAACAGAGACAAUAUUACCAGUUGACGGCACUACAUUAGACUCUGCAGAUCAGACAACAUUUAUCAGAACAGAUGAAUCAACCGAGUCAUUAGUACCGGACGAAGGUACAACGGCUCCUGCUACUGAGACAGAAUCUACAGAUGUAAAACGUACGACUGAUCAGAUGUCAACUUCAAACAUUGCAGAACACCAUACAGAGACAACCCAGAUUCCGCAAACAGAAGCAGAGACGAUUGUUAUCACAGAAUUCAUGACUGACAUUUUAAACUGGACGGUUGAAUCAAGAACGUCAAACAUUCCACUACAAACUGAUAUUGUAACCGAAAUAAUAAAACCAACCACUUUGUUCUCAUAUGAUUUGAUCGAUCCGACUAAAAAAAAAUCCACAACAGAUAUUUCAUUUACAGAAGAGGAUGAAAGAAAGCCAGCAAUAUCAAGUACACCUCUCCCAUUUGUUGAUUCAUCGACAACAAUUGCUGAAUUUGAAACAGCUUUUGUAACUAUUGAAUUUCCUGAUGUAACAUGGGCAGAGACCUCGACCUCUCCAUCAGUUCAUCUUACUGACACGGUGUCCAAAGGAGAGGAAGGGAUACCAUCAACAGCAUUACCCACUAACGAUUCUUCAGUCACACCACCUAAAAUGGCAGAAGUGACUUCUCAAAUCAAAACGACACUCAUGACGGGAAAACCUGAAUUUAAUACAAUGGUUUUGACGACUAGGGGGAGAUUCGCUGUAAGCGAGGGUAGCAAAGAGAGACUUGAAACGAUUAGUACUGACCAACCAACAGAGUUCUCCCGUUUACCCGUUGAUAGUACAGUUGCAAUAUUUGAAACAGAAUUACUGACAGUUACUGACGUUGUUGAUGAAUCAUUUACAUCUGAAGGCACUGAAGAGAGACAUAGGCCCUCAAUGGUGCCCAAACAGGAAACCGUGUUUCCUCGAACAGACACAACCUCUACAAGAGAAAAAACGACAGCCAUGCCAGUCAUUUUACAAACUGUCGUAAGCCAACCUGUAUCAAAGGAAAAAAUAUACCACACGUCAGAAAUAACUACAGAUGAAAUGUUAGGCGGUCUUUAUGAUACGAAAGAAGCGAAGUCAACCUCUAAGCCUUCAACUUUAGGGAUUACAGAAAUACAUGAGACAUCAGACAUCACUGAAACCACUCGUGCAGCAUACACCGCACCCUUACACUCUGUAUUGCUUUCAUCCGAGAUAAUAACGACUCCCUACACACCAUAUGACCUUACUGUUGAUCUUAAUACUGGUGUUACUGAAGGCGAUACAACAGACUGGGCGACACCUAUGAUGCUCUAUUCAACUGAGGAAAUUUCAAUGGUUCACUCUACCGAUGAAAUGCAGGACGUAACUGAACAAAUCCUGAUACCACAGACAAUACCCCCAAGCAAUGAGAGUACAUCUCACGUCACAAGCGAAGAGUCCAAACCCUUCACAGAGACUCCAACAACUGAAAUACCCGUUACCCCGACUACAGAAGGCGCAGGAACAGAAUGGGUCACACUUACGAUUUUUGAUUCAACAGAGAACGUGCCGAUGGUUCCAACUACUGAUGAGAUGCAGGACCUAAUGGAACCUACCGAAAUGCAGAAGACAUCACCAUCAGUCAAUGCCACUAUAUCAGAAGUCACGAGUGAAGCUUCCACAUCCUUACCGAAGACUCAAACAGCAGCCGUUGCAUCUUCAGUUGUACUGACCACUGACCUCCACACAACCACAUUGGUCGAUGCUUCAAAGACAGAAGGGGCAGCAACAGAAUGGGUCACAUUUACAAUUCCUGAUUCGACUGAGGAAAUUCAAGUGGUUACCACUACUGAUGAUAUGCAGGACUUAAUGGUUCAAACCGAUAUCCAGGAGACAACACCACAAGUCAAUACUUCUGUAUCUAAAGUAACGAGCGGAGUGUCUACAUCUUCUCACAAGACUCAAACAACAGCUAUAACAUCUUCAGCGAUUCCUACCACCGAUUUCCAUACAAUGAAAGGAAGCACAGUAACAGAGUCUAUCGCACCUACCAAACUCCUUUCUACUGAAGAUGUUGCAGUGUUUCCCACAACCGAUGAAAUGCAACACGUAACCGAACGAACCUCCUUCCAACAGACAAGUUUACCAGUUAAUGCUAGUACAUCUCAAGUCACGACCGAAAUAUCUACAUCUUCUUCAAACACGCCAGCAACAACGGUGAAAUCUUCAGAAUUAGAAAUAACUGACAUUCACACAACCGCACUUCCCUUUAGUACAAUGAGAGAAAGCACACCAACGGGGUUGACACAUACAAUACCCAUUUCUACUAAAGAUAUUGCAGUGUUUCCCACAACAGAUGAAAUGCAAGAUCUGAUUGAACAAACCGAAGUCGAGCAGACAACGAUAUCAGUCAGUGGCAGGGUAUCUCAGUUCUCGAGCGAAGUGUCAACAUCUUCUCUCAAGACUCAAACAACAGAUAUUGCAUCUUCAGCGAGUCCUACCACUGAUUUCCAUACAAUGACAGGAAGCAUAGCAACAGAGUCUACCACACCUACCAAACUCCUUUCUACUGAAGAUAUUGCAGUGUUUCCCACAACUAAUGAAAUGCAAGAUCUAAUUGAACAAACCGAAGUCGAGCAGACAACAAUAUCAGAUAGUGGCAGGGUAUCUCAGGUCUCGAGCACAGUGUCAACAUCUUCUCUCAAGACUAAAACAACAGUUAUUGCGUCUUCAGUGAGUCCUAUCACUGAUUUCCAUACAACCGCACUUCCCGUUAGUACAAUGAUAGAAAGCACAACGACGGGGCUUACCACACCUACAAUUCCCCUCUCUACUGAAGAUAUUGCAAUUUUCCCCACAACUGAUGAAAUGCAAGACGUAACUCAGCGAACCUCCUUUCAACAUGCAACUUCACCAGAUAAUGCUAGUACAUCUCAAGGCACGGGCGCAAUAUCUACAUCUUCGAUCAAGACGGCACGAACAAUGAUGGAAUCUUCAGAAUUACAAACAACUGACAUUCACUUAACCACAUUGCCAGUAAGUACAACGAGAGAAGGUCUAACAACUGAGUUCACCCCUCAUACAAAAGUCCUUUCUACAGCAGACAUGGCAGUGGUUCAAACUACUGAUGAGAUACAAGAUGUAAUUGGACAAACCGAAAUCCAACAGACAACACCACUAGCGGAUGCUCACACAUCCCAAGCCAUGAGCGAAGUGUCCACAACCUCGCCAGAGACUCCAACAACAGCAAUGUCAGCUUCUGCAUUAACAACCACUGACAUUCUCACAGCCGAAUUGUCGAUUACUACAACAGAGACUGACAAACUCAUGCUACGGUCCACACCUACAAUUCUCCUUUCAACCGAAGACAUUGCAGUGGUUCCAACUACUGAUGAAAUUCAAGAACUUAUUGAACAAAUCGAAUUGCAGCAGACAACGUCGUCAGUAAGAGCAACUGUAUCUCACGUCACAAGUGCACUGCCCAUAUCCAUUCCCCAAACUCGAAAAACAGCAAUGAUAUCUUCUGUAGUAUCUACCACUGAGAGUAACACAACCAUACUGCCCACUAGCACUACUGGGACUGACAAAGACACUCUACUGUCACUGUCAUCACAGAUGUCUUCAACUUCUGCAUCGGUCCUGACCGUGAAAGUCAAGGCAACUCAACCAACUCAGUCCAUAUCAGAGCCUACGUCAGCUACCAUGAAAACGAAAUGUGGAGUAAAAUGCGAGGGGCCAAAUGAAGUUUGCAUAAUCUCCGUAGAGGGCGAUUCCUGCAGGUGUUUAGAUGGCUAUGAACGUGUGGAUAACGUCUGCAUAGAGAUAUACACGUUCAAAGCCGACGUAAAGAUAGUCUUGAUUAAGGGAAAAGAGGCCUUAUUUAUACCAGAUCUGAACGAUCCGUCAUCUAUAAAGUUCAAUGAACUCGUGGCCGAAUUCUGUCAAGCGAUGAAACUCGCGUAUAAAACACACAUAGAGACAACUUCAUCAUUCCACCAGUGUGACGUCAUAGCCUUUCGACCAGGGAGCAUUGUUGUUGAAUACUUGGUUAAGUUCAUGUCACCAGACAUCAAUGAAGCUAUGCUGACGAAUGAGACCUUAGUCUAUCUGGAAGAGAAUAAUAUGACAUUUCCUCGAGAGAUAUCUCUUAAAUCAUCUCUGGUUGAAUAUGAACCUGCCAAUGAAUGUCUUCUAAACCUAUCUGACUGUGAUCCAGCUGCCAAGUGUAUCAAUAGAGGGUCGGCACUUUUCACCUGCGAAUGCUCUUCUGGCUACGACGACCUUUAUGAGAAACAACUUCCGGGUCGCUAUUGUAGUGCCAUUCACCCUGCUCCAAAGUCGAGCUUAGCAAUCCGGAUCAAAGUCUUAAUCAUCCUCGGAAUCGUCGUCAUCUUCAUCAUCCUCAUCAUUCUCCUCGCUCUCUGCAUAACGCGGCUGUACAGAAGGAUUAUCGGUAGGCGAUCAGAUGACUUCAUCGCAACCAGCUCGGAGGUGGGGUCUACGUUGCUAGGAUACGGCUACCGGAAGAAGAAUGACGUGGAAGGCAUCUCUUAUAUAAGUCAGCAUAGCACAUUGGAAAAGAGAGAAGGCUCUCUGGUCGAAGUCCACCAUGAAGAAGAAAUGACUGAAUCGCCUCGUUCUCGAACGGAUACUGAGCUCAUACAUACGGGUGUCCAGCCCUUUGAAUGUGAGGAGGUUCUUGUAACGGAGGAGAUGGAUAGAGAGCUACAGUUAAGAAUGGAAAGUAUUUCAAAGUUCUUGAAAAGAUCGGCCCCUUUAAAUAACUCAUUACGCGACAGAAUUGACUAUUCCAUAAUGUAUAUUCCCGAAGCUCCCACCAUACCUUUACACGAAAGAAGGAGAUCUGCCGAACAACCUACGGAAGAAUUCCUGGACUCCUUACCACAGACCUACCUGUGAUAGGGGUACGUUGGUUUUCCGGAACAAGGAGUGGAUCCUUGAAGUUCAGGCCAUCCUUCCUAGAGUGGAAUUGGACACCUACGCUUACCUAUCCCCGUUCCACAUGAGCCGAUUGAGUUGUUUACUGUGCUAAUCAGGGGCCCGUUGCACAAAACUUACCAUUGAUGGUAACU